UAUCAUCAUUUGCAAAUUACUGGCUGCUUUCUUGGGGGAUAUACAGUUGGCAGCACUGCUCAGAACCCUAGAUUUUCGCAUCUUCUCCGACCGGCGAUCUACAUUCAACUAAUAGAGAGAGAGAGAGAGGGAUGUCAAUGGAGAAUCCUCCACAGAAAGAAGUUAAUUCACUUUCGCUGACUUCACAGGACGGAUCCUCCUCUUUAAAUCCCUCGAAUUCUUCCACACAGAUGAGCGUGGAGGAAAAAUUUAGGAUCGUGAGGAGUAUUGGAGAAGAGUGCAUCCAGGAGGAAGAACUCCUGAAUCUUCUUACCAAGAAGCCCCAGCCAAUUUGCUAUGACGGUUUUGAACCCUCUGGCAGAAUGCAUAUAGCUCAGGGUGUUAUGAAGACGAUUAAUGUUAAUAAGCUGACUUCUGCUGGUUGCAAAGUAAAAAUUUGGAUAGCAGAUUGGUUUGCUCAAUUAAACAACAAAAUGGGUGGAGAUUUGAACAAAAUCCAAACUGUUGGACGUUACUUGAUUGAGAUCUGGAAAGCCGCAGGGAUGAAUUUGGAAGGAGAUAAAGUAGAGUUUCUUUGGUCCUCUGAGGAAAUUAAUUCAAGAGCACAUGAGUACUGGCCUCUCGUAAUGGAUAUUGCUCGAAGAAACAAGCUUCCUAGGAUUAUGAGGUGCUGUCAGAUUAUGGGCCGGAAUGAGCAGGAUGAGUUGACUGCUGCCCAGAUAUUCUACCCAUGCAUGCAAUGUGCAGAUAUAUUUUUCCUUAAGGCUGACAUCUGUCAAUUAGGCAUGGAUCAACGUAAAGUAAACGUUCUUGCAAGGGAGUACUGUGAUGACAUCAAAAGGAAAAACAAGCCUAUCAUAUUGUCUCAUCACAUGCUUCCCGGUCUGUUGCAAGGACAAGAGAAGAUGUCAAAAUCUGAUUCUUCUUCAGCCGUCUUUAUGGAGGAUGAGGAGGCUGAGGUUAAUCUGAAGAUAAAGAAAGCGUACUGUCCGCCCAAUAUUGUUGACGGGAAUCCAUGCCUCGAGUACAUCAAAUACAUUGUAUUCCCUUGGUUUAAUGAGUUCAAGAUUGAAAGGAAAGAGGAAAACGGAGGUGAAAAGAUCUUUACCAGUUAUGAAGAAUUAAUUGCUGAUUAUGCAAAAGGAGAUCUGCAUCCUGCUGAUUUAAAACCUGCGCUAUCAAAAGCUUUAAAUAGGAUUUUGCAGCCUGUUCGUGAUCAUUUCAAAAACGAUGAGAAUGCUAAGGCUCUACUGAAGAGGGUUAAGGGUUUCAAAGUUACGAGAUGAUGAACGUGUUUUGGUCAAAUUGUCAUGAUGAAAUAGAUGGAAGUGAGAUUUUUUGAUGAACGCAGUUUUUUUUGGGAAAAUUCUUGCAAUUGUAUAACAUCCAUAUUUAUAUAUAUUGCUCGAGUCUCUUGGAUAUGAAAGUUUGAUUACCGUUCAUAUUCUGUAUUUAGGACUUGUUUGUUAGCAACUUAAUGUGACUUACAACUUAUUCAAUCAGCU